AUGUAUUUCUACUUGCUUCACAUCGAUCAGAUUGGAAGCUCAAGUGUGCUUCUGCAUGGUAAGGUGAUUGCGAAUGUCGAAAGAUGUGCAUUGUCUGAUGCCAUCGGCGAAAAGCUGGUGUCUGCUCAGGUCAGAGUCGACAACGUUUAUUCUCCUGUGUUCAUGAAGGCGACUGAUGGCAGGCUGCAAGAGCUUCAGGCAGACAUUGAGGAGUUUAUGAGCAAGAUGGAUGUGAAGUAUGUGCUAGAGAAUGUGAACAAGCAAAAUGUAUUUUACACCAAUCUUGAAAGGCAUGUAGGCCUGAUCAAGGUGGUGUGCAGAAGCAAGGUGUCUUUCGAUGGGUUCUUUUCAGAGUAUUAUGAUGCAAUAAUAACUGAGUUUGUCAAUCCUGUGGAGAAUAUGAUUGUUUCCAGAGGCAUCCGUGGGCCGUGUGUUCUUUGGAUAGAUGGGGCAAGGGUUUCUGGGGAUAGCUAUGCUGUUGAUUCUGCCGAAUGCGUUAGAUUUGUUUGCAAUGCACGAUUGCCCGAGCUGACGAUUGCUGCAUUGGCCAUAAGGGUUAGCAAGCAUGGAGUAAGUGGAUACAGCUUGUGUGUGCGAGGAAAGACUCAGGAUGGAAUAGUUAGGUCUACGGAUACUGAAGACGUGGAGAUGGCAGAGAGGAUGGGAUAUGUGGUGCAUGCAACGUCAAGCUCGCUAUUGAGUCAUCUUAAUGCAUUGAUCCGUAAGGAAGGCGUUGAUUGCAUUGUGUAUCACAAUCUUCCUGGAGCGGUUCGCAGAAGACUGGACAUGUUUGGAAGGAUCAGGUGCGAUGUUUUUGCUUUUGCAUCUGGAUGCAUGAAAUGCAACGACUACUCGAUUGAUGAGCUGAUGUGUGCAUUGAGCACGAAUGAUCCACAGAUACAGAUGAUGAUGCAAGAGAGGCAGAUGAUGAAGGAUGCCUGGCAUUUAUGCUUGCAGUGGGAGUCGAAAGCAAUUGCUCAGAUAUUUACCGGGAUGUCUGCACUGCAGCUAUCGAAGGAGAUGUGCGAGAUAUCUGGAUACAUUCUGAACAGGGUGCUUGAGAAUAUGCGAGCAGAGAGGAUUGAGUAUACCUUGCUGCAUGAGUUGUAUGCCGGAGGGUAUCUGUUUCCACCAGUGAUGGCAAGAAAGGAGGUAAAGUAUGCGGGAGGGCUUGUUCUAUCACCACAGUCAGGGUUCUAUGAAGAUAUUGUUCUUCUUCUUGAUUUCAACUCACUGUAUCCGUCGAUUAUACAGGAGUUCAAUGUGUGCUUUUCAACGAUUGGAGCAGCGGAUCGAAGUGCAAGUAUGCAGAUGAGCGAAGAGCAGCUGAGGAUGCUUACUGAGUACAGCAAGAGAUGUGAGACGGGGAUUCUACCGCAAAUUCUUGAAGGGUUUGUGAAGCGAAGAAAGGCAGUUAAGGAGCUGAUGAGGAAUGGAGCAUCAGCUGAGGAGAUAAGAAUACUGGAGAUUCGUCAGAAGGCAUUGAAGCUGACGGCAAACAGCAUGUAUGGGUGCCUGGGCUCAUCAGGAUCGCGGUUCUGCAACUAUGCCAUGGCAUGCUACAUAACGUUCAAAGGAAGAGAGCUUUUGAUGGAGUCGAAGAGGAUAGCUGAGGAGGAAUGCGGGAUGAAGAUUGUGUAUGGGGACACAGACUCUGUGAUGGUGUACAGUGGAAUAUCAGGGAGGAAUGCAAACUACGCAAAGGCCAUAGAAAGGGCAAGUGUGUUGCGGGAUGCGAUCAAUGCUAGGUACAGGAAUAUUGAGAUUGGAAUUGAGAAGGUGUUUAAGAAGCUUCUGCUGUAUAAGAAGAAGAAGUAUGCAGGGCUGUGGAUGGAUGGCAAUGGAGGAAGUUUUAUUGAGUAUAAGGGGCUGGAUCUUGUAAGAAGAGACUUUUGCAAUGCUAGUAAGAAGAUUUGUACAAAAUUGAUUGAGUUGUUGCUACUUGACUUUGAGCAGACUGAAGUGGUAGAGAGUGUUUAUGGAGAUGAAAGGAGCAUGUGUGUGCCUGUGGAUGGAAGAGUUGUGCAGAAUGAUGGAAAUGAAAGAAUCAGAGAGCUGGUGUAUGGAGAGUUGAAGAAGCUGGCUGAAGAGCUGAAGAGCCUUUCUCGCGAUGAGUAUGUGAUCUACAACACACUGUCGAAGGCGCCAGAAGAGUAUGGUGCAUCUGUUGCGCUUCCACAUGUUUUACUGGCACUAAGACUGAAGGAGGAGGGAAUGAAGUUUGAUCAGGGCGAUGUUGUUUGCUAUGUGAUGGGAAAGGCAGUUGGAAACGAGCCGAUGAGUAGGAAGGCAUAUCAUCCGAGCGAGUGUGUAGAGAUUGAUUAUGGAUACUACAUAUCCAGCCAGAUUCUUCCUGCAGUCUUGCGGAUAUUGGAUGUAGCCAGGGGGUUCCAUGCAGACAAGAUCAACGGGAUUUUUGGAGUGUCGGGAGUGGAAAGGAUUGGGCCACAGCGGAAUGUGAGUUUCCUAACGCCUUGCUGUGAAACGAGCCAGAAUGCAUUUCCUGUAUGCUUGACAUGUUCGAGGCCUAUUUCAGAGGCUUUUUAUGUAUGCAAGGCAAUUGAGAUGCUCAGGAAGGAGGUUAGUGCGAUGUAUAAUGCAUUGCCUAAAUGCGGAGGAUGUGGAGCGCUGUGCCAUAUGCACAUGCUGAGCUGCUUUCACUGUGGAUAUGAGCUGGAUACUGCAGGAAGUAACCAGGAAUUUGAUGUGUUUCUUAGUAGCUUGGAGUCAGCAUGCGAGAGCUUGGGAAGCAAGGAUCUAGAGCUGCUGAUAAGAAAGCAUACCAAAGUGUCUGGAUACAGAAGAAUUGAUUUUAGAAGAUACUUUGAGAAGGAGAUUGGCAGAUAUGUAUGUAAGCGAGUGUAG